CGUCUUUGCUUUAAUCCACAUUUUCAGCAGCAACGCUCGAGUGGAGGCCACGUGUUUGCAGACGGACCGGGACCAGAACCAGAACCAGAACCAGGAGAUGAACCAGAACCAGGACCAGCACUCCGAGUCCAGCAGGACUAAAGCUGCUGGUCUGCAGAAUCAUAAAGGAAGACCCAAAAGAUACUGCUGUGAUCAGUGCGAGCAAGUCUUCACCACUUCAUCAAACCUGAAGAUCCAUAAGAAAACUCACACUGGUGAUAAACCGUACAGCUGUGAUCACUGCGGGGUGGCUUUUACCCGACAAUUUGAUCUAAUAAACCACCAACGUAUUCACACUGGAGGAGACAAGCCUUACAGGUGUGAUCAGUGUGGAGCGGCUUUUGCCCAACAAGGUUCUCUAAGGAAACAUCAACGCAUUCACACUGGAGAAAAGCCUUACAGUUGUGAUCAGUGUGGAGCGGCUUUUGCCGGGAAAGGUUCUCUAACGACUCACCAACGCAUUCACACUGGAGAAAAGCCUUACAGGUGUGAUCAGUGUGGAGCGGCUUUUGCCAGGGAAAGUCACCUAACGACUCACCAACGCAUUCACACUGGAUUCAAGCCUUACAGAUGUGGUCAGUGUGGAGCAGCUUUUGCCGAGCAAGGUGUUCUAACGAGACAUCAACGUAUUCACACUGGAGAGAAGCCUUACAGGUGUGAUCAGUGUGAAGCGGCUUUUGCCCGACAAGGUUCUCUAACGAGACAUCAACGUAUUCACACUGUAUUCAAGCCUUACAGAUGUGGUCAGUGUGGAGCGGCUUUUGCCGAGCAAGGUGAUCUAACGAGACAUCAACGUAUUCACACUGGAGAAAAGCCUUACAGGUGUGAUCAGUGUGGAGCGGCUUUUACCAAUCCAAGUCACCUAGCGGCUCACCAACGCAUUCACACUAGAGACACUAGUGUGAUCAGUGUGGAGUACGUUUUGCCACAUCAAGUCAUCUAAGGAGUCACCAACGUAUUCACACUGGAUAAAAAGUGUACAUUUGUGAUCAUUGCUGAUUUAAUUUAACUUCGGUUAAAGGGGACCUAUUAUGAAAAACACGUUUUUUCUUGUUUUAACAUAUAUAAAGUGGUCUCCCCUCACCCUGCCAGCACAGGGGAGAUGAAAUCCCAUGAAAUUCUGCAGGGUCUCUGACCCCCGCCGGACAGAGUCCCCCAGUGUCACGUGGUUUUUUUUGAGCCGAUUAGAAUCUGCUCCCGUCGUUACGUAACGACAGGAGCAGAUUUCCAUAGGUUCAGCCUCCGCUGCUGAAACCACGCCCACAACCAGCUCUCUCCGCUGCUGGAGCGGUGCUUCCUUAAGCCAGUCGGACGUGGCGCCGCGGCGGAGUGGAUCCGGGUUAAAUCAUCCAGGUUCCCGGUUGGUUUGGGAGCUGGGUCCUCGGGGGUCUGUCCCAGGUCGGACCAGCUUCACCCUCCGAGAUUUUCAGGCAAAUCUGUCGGUUUGAUCCCCGAUAACGGGC